GCCUCUGGGGAGGACGGGCGGGGCCGCAGGGUUGUGUGCACGAGGGUGGGCUCUGCGGCCGCGGCCCCGGGGCCCCCCCAGGCUGCCUGGGCGCAGUGUGAAGGAACCCAGGCCCCACUCCCCUCCCCAGGUCCGACUGUGGGAAGCGCCGUCCCCCGCGGACGUCCCCGCCCCACCUCUGGGUCCAGGCGGGGAGGGCGCAAGCGUCUAGGCGCCGGGGGUGCUCGGAGACCUGGGAAGAAGCGGUCUGAGGGCCCUUUCCGGGCCCUUCGACCCCAGUGUCAUCAUCGUCGUUUGACGUUUGUGAGGACGGGGUCGCGAGCUAAUCGACCCCUCUCUGAUUUUUCUGCUUUCCCAUCGUCGCCAUUUGCUUUCAUUACAGUGAGAGAUGUUUUUGGGGGUCCUUCAGGACCUCGAGGUGAAAAAUGCGUAAGGCCGAGAACUGGAGAUGUUUUGAGGUGCCGCGAAGACUACAGAAGCAGACGUCAGAAACCUCUCCUAGGACAGAAAGGAGAGCACAGACCCUGUUGGAAUCAAGGCAGUUCCUAGAGCUGAAUGAUGACUGCUGAAUCAAGGGAAGCCACCGGCCUGUCCCCUCAGGCUGCACAGGAGAAGGACGGUAUCGUCAUAGUGAAGGUAGAGGAGGAAGAUGAGGAAGACCAUGUGUGGGGGCAGGACUCCAGCCUACAGGAGACUCCUCCUCCCGACCCGGAGAUAUUCCGCCAGCGUUUCAGGCACUUCUGUUACCAGAACACUUUUGGGCCUCGAGAGGCUCUGAGUCGCCUGAAGGAACUUUGUCAUCAGUGGCUACGACCAGAGAUCAACACCAAGGAGCAGAUUCUGGAGCUGCUGGUCCUGGAGCAGUUCCUUUCCAUUCUGCCCAAGGAGCUCCAGGUUUGGCUGCAGGAAUACCGUCCUGACAGUGGGGAAGAGGCCGUGACCCUUCUGGAAGAUCUGGAACUUGAUUUAUCAGGACAACAGGUCCCAGGGCAAGUUCACGGACCUGAGAUGCUUGCAAGGGGGAUGGUGCCUCUGGAUCCAGUACAGGAGUCCUCGAGCUUUGACCUUCAUCAGGAGGCCACCCAGUCCCAUUUCAAGCAUUCAUCUCGGAAACCCCGCCUCUUACAGUCACGGGCUCUCCCUGCCACUCAUGUUCCUGCCCCUCCUCACGAGGGGAGUCCCAGAGACCAGGCGAUGGCAUCUGCACUAUUCACAGCAGAUUCCCAGGCAAUGGUGAAGAUCGAGGACAUGGCCGUGUCCCUCAUCCUGGAGGAAUGGGGAUGUCAGAACCUGGCUCGGAGGAAUCUCAGUAAGGACAACAGGCAGGAGAAUUUUGGGAACGUGUUUUCCCAGGGUGGUGAGAACAGGAAUGAGAAUGAGUCCACCUCAAAGGCAGAGAUUGCCAAAGACUCAGCACCGCAUGGGGAGACAACAGGAAGAUACCAGAAAGAUUUUGGAGAAAAACGUGAACAGCAGGGCAGGAUAGUAGAAAGGCAGCAGAGAAACCCUGAGGAGAAAACUGGAAGAGACAAGAGAGAUUCAGGGCCAGCUACCAUCAAGGAAAAAAAGCCCACCGCAGGAGAGAGAGGUCCAAGGGAAAAGGGUAAAGGUUUGGGAAGAAGCUUCAGUCUGAGUUCAAACUUUAACACCCCUGAGGAAGUCCCAACAGGAACAAAGUCUCAUAGAUGUGAUGAAUGUGGUAAAUGCUUCACAAGGAGCUCAAGCCUUAUUCGCCAUAAGAUAAUCCACACUGGUGAAAAGCCGUAUGAAUGUAGUGAGUGUGGGAAAGCCUUCAGUCUUAACUCAAACCUUGUCCUGCAUCAGAGAAUCCACACAGGAGAGAAACCUCAUGAAUGUAAUGAGUGUGGCAAAGCCUUCAGUCACAGCUCAAAUCUCAUUCUGCAUCAGCGAAUCCACUCUGGAGAGAAACCUUAUGAAUGUAAUGAGUGUGGGAAGGCCUUCAGCCAGAGCUCAGACCUUACUAAACAUCAGAGAAUCCACACAGGGGAAAAACCCUAUGAAUGUAGCGAAUGUGGAAAAGCUUUCAACCGAAACUCAUACCUUAUUUUGCAUCGGAGAAUUCACACCCGAGAAAAGCCCUAUAAGUGCACUAAGUGUGGCAAGGCCUUCACCCGGAGUUCAACCCUCACUCUGCACCACAGAAUCCAUACCAGGGAGAGAGCCUCUGAAUACAGCCCAGCCUCCCUUGAUGCGUUUGGAGCAUUCCUGAAGAGCUGUGUAUAAAGCCAGAAUUUGUCAAUGAGUCAUUUCCCCGUUUGUUUCUAAAAUUAUUUCAGAGGUGUGUGUCCAUGGAGGGGGAAAAGAAACAGCCUCAACAGGUUAAAAAAAACACACAUUUUAGGAUCCUUAUGGUUCCAUCAGCAGUGUUCUGCCUUGCAUAGUCUGUGGGCAUGUAAUUAUUCCACAGAACCCCCGCAGGGAAAAGCUAGUCAUGGAUAAUCCACGUGUUGUUUCUGCACAAGACAAAAACACAGUAAAAUGUCAAGCUUUUCAGUAAUGAGGAUACCUUUAAAGCACUGUUGGACUUCAGCAACCACAGUAUAUAAUUGCAAGGUUUGGAUUGGCUCUCCUAAAGUGAUACUAAGGUUAAAAAGCUCGCUGCAAACAAGCCCUACUUGGCCAACAUCCUGCUGUACUUCUCAAAAAAGAGGGACAGUUAAAACGAAAACCAUAUUGGGACAUGCUGCUCGAACUAGUUAUAUAUACAAUUGAGUUAUAUAUAAUCACUGGUAGCCUACCAAAGCUGUAGAAAUCUAGGACUGUGCUGAUCAGUAUCAAACCAAAGAUUUCUAUCUCUUCCUGAAAGAGGGUGUGUGCUCCAGUCUACAGUUCCAAAGGAUUACCAAAUGUAGAUGGUUCUAUCCUCAUCACUGAGAUAAAUUCUACUGAAAUGGCAACAGUGAUUGAAAACACUUCUCUCCCUUCUAGAAAUCCCUCAAAUUCCUAAAGCACUAUCGCACUCCUGUAUGCAUUUCUCCACAACUCAGCACUUGAUUGUCUGCUUUCUUUUAAUCCUUCAUUGUCUUGUGUGUCUUAAGAUUUCAUUACCCCCCACAAGAGAUACUUUGAUUGUCAAGGGGUACAUCUCUAUCCCUGAAAUUGCUGGACACAGUGCCGAACACAUAAGAGGCAUGCGUUAUGCCCAACUUCUAACAGGACUUUUACAUUUAUGAUGAAGCCCUAUGAAUCCUGAGUACCUGAAAUAUGGUAGCCUGGGCCAACUUUUGAAGGGGACCUUCAGAGCCCAAGGCAUGCAAAAGCUCUGGGGUCUGAUGCUAUUUUUGUCCUAAAUAUUUUUUUUAAAGUCACUGGUUAGCCACCUACAUAGACUCUAAACAUGGAAUUAAUGAGUAAAUACCAUGGAAUCUCGUCAUCUAAAGAAAAAUACGAAUACUUACUAAGGCCAUUUUUUGACAUCUUUCUAUGACAAAGAUCUUAGCCAGGAUUCUCUUAAGUCAGCUGCUGAACAACAUGAUGAUUUAGGCACUUACUGAAUCAUUUGUAACUUUAAAUAAUACAGUUCAGAAGAUGUGAUUUUUGUUGGCUUUUCAAAGAAAGGAAACUUGGAGGGAGCUUUUUCCUCACACCUCCCAGAAACUUUGCAGAAGCGUCUGACAUGGUGAGCUGACAAUAACUAAGCAUGUUGGUUGCCCCAAGAAGUGCGUCGACCUGCUAAGAUGUGGUUGGUGGUAUUGUAGCCCUACUGAACAUGGUCUUUCCUGUUUCUCACCACUAAAACCUGAGGAGAGGUUAUGAGACUUUUGUCUUUUCCACCCUCUGUGCAGGAGGAUACAGCUGGUGGCCUAGAAGCUAAUGACAGACCAUUGUCAGAUACACAUAUGGAAGACCCAAGUAUCAUGGGCUACUACAUAGAUGGUCACAAGAACUUGGGUGGAGAUGACCUGUUCAGGAGAGCAUGCGGGUGAGCAUGGAUACCCCGCAGGAACUUAGAAUCAUAGGCUAAGGGCACACCUGAAGACUGUCCCCAUAAUAGGAGAGCCCUACACAGAGUUUGAGAUUUUCCAGCAAGAAAGAGAACUAAAAACCAUCAUUCAUCAGUUGUUCGUGGACCAGCAACUCCAGCCCACAAACAGCAGGGCUCUAUGGAGAGCCAGGGAGCUGGAGGCGGCUGUGCCCCAGGCCAGGCCAGACUGCAGUUCUGCCCAGCAGUAGUUCUUGGCCUCUGUAACUUGGACCAACCACAACUCCCUGUAGCUUCUGAGCAGUUUCAUGGUGUUGCCUGGGGAAACUUCAGGGAAGUCAGCUGGCAACCAGAAUAUUUCUAAAGGAAAACAGGAGAGACUCCAGAAAAGUAUACCUAAGUAAUUUCUUUUAGUAAAGGGGGGUAGAAGACAUUUUCUUCAAAGCAUGAGUCACAAUGGUGGUGGCAGAGAAAACUGCUGGUGCUUCUGAGCAAAGACUUGGCUGCUGGGAAGCAGCUGAAAGCAGUGGGGUGCCAAACGCCAGGCACUGACCGUUCUCAAGCGGCAAAGAACUUCGUUUGGUUCCACAUUGGCCUUUUUUUAGCCACAAUUACAUGCUGAUGUAAUUCAGCCAUCGUUUUGUGUGUGUGUGUGUUUAAUAGUUAAAUAUAACCUGUGCCUCCACACUUAAUUCCCCUUUCACCAGGACAUCCUCCCAACAGUGUGGGCUCACUGCUGAGGUCACGUCAGAUCUUCAGCAGGUGCACUUCCUGAGGCAGCUGUUUGAAGAUGUGUUUUCUGAAGAAAACAGGCUGUACCUGCUUAUUAAAACCGUUUACACUGCACUCAUUUAUCAGGCGCUCUAGUGCAGAGUGUAAUUGGGUCUUGCUCAGAAAGGCUGCAACAUCUCAUAGAGCUCAGGACAGUUACUCAAAAGUUCUUGACUGACUGAAGUCUGUUAACAGUAGAAGAACUGUACAACAGACCAUUAGCAUGCUAGUUGAUGCAGUGGAAGUUUUUGAAGGGUGUUUAAAAAUACACCUUAACCUUGCCAGGAAAAGAAGUAAAAUUCCUCAGGUUGUGGGGAAUUUGUUUCUGCUCCAGCCUGGCAGACAAGGCUAAAGAGAAUAUGGAUGUAGGCAGCAUCUUCAUAUGUAAGGCACUUAAUAUUUUAUUAAAGCAUGCAAGUGAAACUGCUGACUGUGUAGAGGUGGACACGUUUGAUACGUGAGACAGUUCGCGUCUUAACAUACAUUGGAGAAUCCAUUCCAGAAAGGGGAACCUCUUGAAUGUGAUAAAUAUAGCAAAGCCUUUCAUCACAUCUCAGCCCUUAGUGUCAGAAAGCUUACACUGUAAAUAAACUGUAUAAAUAUUCUAUGUGAGGACAACUUUUCAUGUGCAGCACUCAUUGCUUUGGACAGAAAUGAAUUCUGUCAGUAUGUCCCGACCAUGUAAUGGAUUUCAGAAACACUGCAGAGGAAGCUCAAUCUUGACUUGAGGAUCCACAAAAGAAAAAAAUGUGGGGAAAUGCUAAAGAAAUAGCAAAAAUGGUUACAAAAUUGUUCUUACAAAAAUUGUUCUGUUGGGUACUUCUAUAUAUUUUGUAUGACCAUAAUAUCAGUGUCUUUGUUUUGUACCUCCAGCCCCUGUUGUUAAUCUGUAUAUUCCCUGUAAACAGAUAAUGUAUUUUAUUUUAAUCUAUUUGACAGAACAUAUCACUCCAAAGCAGCAAGGUUUUGGAGUGAAUAGUGAUCUUGGAGGUUGGUGUGGUUAUAGACAAAAAGUCCACAGAACUGAGGAGGGGGGAAAUGAGGAAAAAAACCUUCAUAGUUUGGUGCUUAUCAAAUCAAGAGAGGAGGUUAGCAGAUUCAUUAGGAGAGACAGGGUGAUAGGGCACUAACAUGGAGCAAUCCCUGUAAAUAUCUGCAGCUUCCUGAGAGUUUUCCGUCUUGGCCGGAAAGCUGACCUCUUAGCUGCCAGGUCACCAUUUCUAGCAAAGAGAAAAGGUUCUCUGAUCUUGUUGGGGUGGGGGGUGUGGCAGUCGCAGGCAGGUAGGAGGGUCUUCAUGAACCGAGUUGGGUAUGUUCUGGAAAGGCCAGUAGGGCCACUUGACUGGAUUCUGUAAACCAUAUUGUUCUGCUGCCCCCACUAACUCUUAAAUCUUUGCUUAGAAAAUCUGGGAUAAGAAAACACCAAGAUGGGCUUUUUCCUGGCAAAUGGGCACAGAUGGUCCAGUGUCUGGCACUACAGGAGGUUUUCCUGAUAAGGCUGGAGAAGCAUUUUGCAAUAUUCCUUUUGGCUGUGCUCCUGCCAGUUUCCCUUGUGCUUGUUUCCCCUGGUUUGAGAUGAUUACAAGAGAGGGCUGGUGAAGAUUUACGGCUACAAAAGAAUUUUUUUUCUAACUUUUAUCCUCAAGAUCACCUUUUUUUAUUCCAGGGUCUGGUCAUCCUGAUGUACUUACUCAUCUAAAGCUAACCAACCAGGUUGCAUCCUGCAUCCUUGUGGGCGAUCCUUUGUGUGAGUUGGAGUUAACAGUAUUAAAAUGUGGUCAAACAGUGACAGCAAUACUUAUCAGAGGAGCCAUACUUUUGUGUGCCCCACUCUGAGCAACUUCCCAGAAAUAUUUGUGAGGGAUCUGGGGUUUCCCAUCUAGAAAAUCAAAUGAUGAUCUGCAGAUUGCAAAGUGAAAUGUAGAAUCAGAAAAAAGAAAUUAAGUGGUAUCAGUAGAUCUUUUCAUGGACAUUCAGAGUAGAUUUUUAUUUCAGCUACUACUGGAGAAUUUAAUAAGCAUUAUGUGGAAAGUUUUCCUAACAUAGAUUUAGGUUGCAUUUUUAAAUGGACACACUACUGUACAUUUAGAAGCAGUUAGUUAUUUUGCUAUUCAGAUUAAUUUUUUUAUUGUAUCUGUUUUACUUUUCAAAGCUUUGUAAAAAUAAACUUGAAGUUAUAGGGAGGUCAAGCCAUCUCCAGUUCCACAGGUCAAACAACCAUUUGGGCAUCUCCAAAUACAGAAUGUCUGAACGUGGGGGCUUAGUUUUGUAUCAUCUGCUUCUGUCGUAGUGGACACCACAAACCUCAUGUUUUUCUCUUGUCCUGAAAUAGCAGAAGGUAAAGAGUGGGCAUUAGGUUGACUUUCAAACAUGAUCUGCUGUUAUUUUAGAAGCUUUCUCUUUUUUUCUCAUUUAAUCUUUGAGAUUCUCACCUCCAUUUACUAAAGAAUCAUGACUCACUUAGAAUUAUACCAUAAUUAGCAAAGUUAAUUGGUCUGUGAAAAUUACCUUUUCUCUCUUCAGCAAGCCCUCAUGGAGCAGUGAGGCUGAGUGUGUGAAGAUAAAAAGAAAGAAUGAGAUCUGUGAGUGGUGGAAAGGUGAUCAUUGAAACUGGGAUUUCAUUCCAGUUUGAGUUGUUUUCAGUUCCUUUGGUCCAGGGAGCGGACUCAGCAGCUGCACUCGCCCCAGAGCAACUCUCGUUUAGUCCCCCAACAUGGUCAGGGUCUUAGGAAGGAGAGUGCCUGGUGGCAGGAGCCAGGAGAAAUGGGGAGGAGGGGGCAUGUGUUGGGGUAGGUGCUCACUUGCCUUCCCCCUCACCUCAACGACACAGCAGGUCAGUAAGGUCUUCGCUGCCCUAGGAAGGGCAAAGCAUGUUAGACUUAGGGACCCUGCUGCUGGUAGCAGGGAUUCUAACGUGGAAACAAAUAUAUGGGGGGUGGGGAGCAAAUAUUAUGCAGGAAAAUCUUGUUCUAAAACUAUAUGAAUUAGGGGUUAGGAUGGGAUAUGCAAGCAAAAUCAGUUAUUUUAAGAUGAACAUUAUUUUUGUUAACUUUUAGUUAAAUAUAGAUUAUUAAAACCAGGUCAACAUGAUAAGCCUAAAUCUAUAUAAAGAACUAAUAACUCAUUGUUUUGUUACCUGUAGACUGGUUAAGACAAAUCUUUCCUGUUUGGUCAGUUCCUAGUUUCUUAGGUUAGAGUAAAUUAGACCAAAAGAAUAAAUUUCCUUGUCUUCAUAUACCUGCAGAAUUAAGUUAUUGCUGGUAAAACCUGGCCUUUUCUUUUUACUAGUCUGAAAAGUCCAGAUGCUUGGUAGAUGUUCCAUAAAUGAUUUUUAAAUUGAAUUUGUUAAAUUAAAAUCCUCCUUAAUGUUUAUAGAAAGGCUUCUCUCAGUAAGUAAUGGAAUCUUUGAGGAAAAAUUGUUCAUUUUUUUAAAAACUAGGGAACUCCUCCAUUGAAAAUAAUUGGAAACCUUGAUUGAGGACUGAAGUUUCAAUCACGGGAAACGGCAGCAAAAUGAAGUGUGUACGCAUUAGUCACUCUUCCACUUUAGGGGGCCCGUGUGUCUGACAAAGAAAUUGCUAGAGUAGUGAGCUGGGGAAGGAACUCGUGGGGAAUUGUAAUACUCUGUUGUUUCUCUUCUGGGUCACGGUAAAUAAAUUAUCAUCUCUAGGUCGCAA